CUGUUCCAAAAAUAAGGUUUAAAACAAUGGCUGCUCUUUGUGAGGCAAACACCACCUUUGCUUUGGAGAUGUACAAGAAGAUAACUGAGGAAAAUAAAGUCUGCAACAUCUUCUUUUCUCCAUUAAGUAUGUCAUCUUCACUGUCUAUGGUCCUCUUAGGAGCAAAAGAUGCCACUGCUGCACAGAUGUCAAAGGCCCUGCAGCUUGACAAAAGCGAGGAUGUUCAUUCCCAAUACCAGGAACUUAUCACAGCAAUAAAUAACCCAUCUGCUGUUGGUACUCUGAUGAUGGCCAAUCGCCUUUUUGGAGAACAGACGUACAACUUUUUGCAAACUGAAACCAAACCUGUUCAGAUGAUGAGUCAGAAAGGCGAGUUUAACAUGGCCUUCAUACCAGAUAUGCAGAUUAAAAUCCUUGAGCUACCUUAUGCUAAUAAAGAGAAGAAGAUGUUAAUCAUUCUGCCCUUGGACAUAAAUGAUAACACUAAUGGACUUGAACUGGUUGAGAAGAAUCUAAGCUAUCAGAAUUUGGUGGAGUGGACCAAACCCAGCAUGAUGUACAAAAUGGAAAUCAUGGUGCAGAUUCCAAAAUUUAAGCUUGAGGAUAGCUAUGAUCUUAAGCCAAAGCUAAUAAGCAUGGGAAUGGUAGAUGCAUUCAGUCCAGGACAGGCUAACUUCUCUGGAAUGUCAGACAGAAAUUAUCUAUUUUUGUCAGAGGUGGUCCAUAAAGCAUUUGUGGAAGUAAAUGAAGUGGGAACAGAGGCAGCAGCUGCAACUGCAGAUGUCACCACGAGCUGUUUAUUACAACGUGAGGAGUUUAUAGCUGACCAUCCAUUUAUAUUCACUAUUCUAGAUUGUAAAACCUCCACCAUCAUUUUCCUUGGCAGAUUCUGUUCUCCAUAAGCUCUUUAUGCAGUA